AUGUGGAGCAUAGUAAUGGAACCCGGGAAAAAAUACAGCACGGUUGUCGAGAACACAUUCCACCUGUCUAUGGCUACACUUGAUUUAGAAUCUGUUAAAAAGGCUGAUGAUGUACAUACUGUAUAUGUCGAAACUGAUGAUAACCCACGUGUAAUCCUUUGUCACUUGUCUAAAGCAUCAAAACUGUACCAAUGCCGAUUGGACCAUAUUUUCCCACGAGGAACAGAUUUGAAGUUUGUUACAUCAGCCACUGCUAAUAUACAUAUGACUGGAUAUUUAGACUUAAACGAAGACGAUGAAUUAUAUUCUGAUUUAGAAAGUGAAUCUGAAGAAGAAGGAACCCAGACUGAAAAGUCAGUGCAAGAAAAAGGCAAUAAACGUAAAUCUGAAGAUGAUGUUCCAAAAAAAAAUAAAUCUAUUAAAUUGGAUGAGAGUAAUCAAUCUGAUGAAGAUAGUGAUGAUGAGGGUGACUCUGAUGAAAUUAUGGAUUUUGAAGAUGAUGACAGCGAGGAUGAUGGAAUAAAAUUAAGUGAUUUGGUUAGUGAUGACGAUGAAGAUGAAGAAGAUGACGAUGAUGAAGAUGAUAUCGAUGACGAAGAUGAAGAAGAUAGUGAUGAAUCUGAAGAAGUAAUAACUACUAAUUCUAAAAAAACAAAAGAACUACAAAAAACUCCAAAAAAACAAUUGAACGGAAAUGAUCAAAAGUCUCCUAAACAAGAACAGAAAACCCCUAAAGGUCAAGAAAAGACACCUAAAGGUCAAAAGACUCCAAUGCCCAAAACGCCUGAUGCCAAUCAAACUUUGAUAAAUGGUUCAACGGAAAGUAGUAAAAAAAAGAAAAAUAAGGAACCUAAGACCCCACUUAGUGCAUUAAAGACUAAACCAGAUACUCCGUUGCCCAAAGAUAAACAAAAUCAACAACAAAAGUUAAAUGGUGGAGUUAUCAUUAAUGAUCUCAAAGUUGGUGAUGGUGCUGUUGCAAAACCAGGAAAAAAUGUUAAAGUGUAUUAUAUUGGCCGUCUGAAAUCCACUGGUAAAGUUUUUGAUUCCAUGCAGAAAGGACCUGGUUUCACAUUCGGACUACAACGUGGUGAAGUUAUUAAGGGUUGGGAUAUUGGUAUUGCUGGCAUGAAAGUUGGAGGCAAAAGAAAAGUUAUAUGUCCACCAAAUAUGGCGUAUGGCGCUAAAGGAAGUCCGCCUGAAAUUCCACCCAAUAGUACUUUAGUUUUUGAUGUAGAACUAAAACAUGUUAAUUAA